AAAAGAAAAAAAGUCGAGCAACUUCAAUACUGAUGAAUCUACUGACUAAACCAGACUGUACUUUACGAGAACAAAUGCUCCAAGAUCCAGUUUCUAUCGUAAAUCACCGUUAGGUGCGAGUAAGGACACGUUUUUGAGCCAAAUGUUUUUCUGGCGUUGAGAAAUGCGGGUGCCCGCGUGAGCUGUAGAGCUCUACUGCAGCCAGCAGCCAAUCAGAAGACCGCAUCACAUCACGCGCUCAGUGCACCCGCACCCACACUCACAAUCUGCGCGGUCACAGCGGUGGAAAGCAAACAAUGCACGCGACGCAGGCGAGAAAAUGUUGAUCAAUGGACGCGUUUAAUGCAUCGUUCGCUCUUUUAAGAAGAGGAUGAGAGUUUUAACGCAAGGUACAAACUAACGGCAUACCUUUAACCCUCUGAGCCUAAAGGAAGGGAUCUUUACUUGUCAAGAAACAGCCAGUGUGGAUUGCUUAUUCUCUAAUAUUUGGCCUGUGGGAUUGUUAACCUGAUGUGUUGACCAUGCGUUCACAACAAAGUUUCAUGUCAUUUAUGAGCAGCAAAGACAGUGCUAUACCUAAAAAAGACAUUGAUCGCUUGUGCUGUGCAAAAUGUAGAUUUUCAACAAAGGACACUGACCUGUUUGAGAGGCAUGUAUCCCAUCAUAAAGAGAUGACUUUCUCCUGUGCGCUCUGCAGCUAUGUUUCUUAUUCUAAAACAGAGUCUCAGAAACACAUCGUCUCACAUACUGGCUCGUACCCGUACAGGUGUAGCUUCUGCUCGUAUGGAGCGGUGCGGAGAGAUUACAUGGUGAAGCAUAUUCUUCGUAUACACAAGAGACAUGCAGAGGAAGGGUUCAUAACUGAUUUUACUAUGUCCACCCCAACUGUCCCAGAAACUCUCGGGAUAUCAGCUUGGCCUGAAGGGAACGACCAGUGUGCAAUUCCCAUUUCCCAAGUCGAACACCCGAGUGGAAGUCAACCAAGAAUCAACAAAUCAUCUACUAUUGGUAAAGCAGCGAGCCAGGCUACCAGUAAUCGUCCCCGUGUGUCCUUCAGUAUGACAACGCCACGUGUCUACAGUACAACAGCCAUUGUUCCAGUUUCUAAGACACCGUUCACCAGUGCUGUUCCAAGCGUAAGUCACUCAUUAGGCAAACCACCUCAAGUAGUUCUAAGAUCCCGGGAGGAAAACGGCAACCUAUCAAACUCUCUGCUCAGUGGCGACGGUCAAAGUAUGGUGGCUGUUAAAAGAACCAUUUCGGAAAAGCCAAUUCCGAAAGUCUCAUUCUCAAGAGUCCAGGUUAGUUCUACAGCACCACUACGGCAAAGCCAGAGGGUUGGAGUCCCUGAAAAGACUUUGCAUUUUAAAACCCUUCCCAGAGUCCAGGUCCGACCACCUGUUGAAAGUAACACCCCGCUCAGAACACUGCUUAACAUGCCGUUGUCCACGGGUCCAAGUAAUGUCCACAAUGAGCAGAUAGAUCAGAGGCCUAGUCAGUCUACAACAGGGAUUAGUGUUGCGACGCUGAAAAAGAGUACAAAUCCCUGUGUUUCAAUCAGAAGUCCACUGCACUCCACUGCAGAAAAGAGUAAUCAGUCAAAGACAAACUCCAGAAUACUUGUAGGAUCAUCGACUGAGGCAUCAAGUCCAUUAUCCAGUGUCCAAGUGGAACUGUUAGCACCUUUGAACCAGCCAAUUCAACACAACAAGCCUUUGACGGUGUCCUGUCCAGAGGAGAUCAAUAUUCCUGCUGGGUGUUUGGUGGAACUGGUUGAGGUGAAAAACGUCAAUGGGACUCGGGAGCUGGAAUUACGGUUGAUCCCACCAAACGGAGUCCCGCAAGACCAGAGGAGCACUGAGGAUAGACCUUCACCAGUCACUACUGGAAGCAAAUUGUCCUUCAAAUGUCAAGUUGCUGCCAAAGGGAGUCCAGUCAGCCUGUCUACAUCUUCAGCAUCCCACAAGGUCAAGCCUUCAGCAUCCACUGAUGUCCAGAGUCUCAUUAAUUCAGUACACAAACCACAGUGUUAUUCAGAGACACCAACCAGGAACAAACUUAACCUGAAGACCAAAGAUCCAGGGACCAAGCACUCAGCGGCAGCUCAUGACAUCAGUCCAGAAUUAAGUUCUGAAGGUCUUCCUGUGAUCUCAUCGGUUUUCUCUCUCUGUCCUACACCUACGUCAACUCAAAGCAUGGAGCCAAAGGACGAGGUGGGAAGUGCAAAACAAUCGCUGGUCUGUAGUUUUUUGAUUAAAAAGGAGGAGGAAUCUGAGGAGAAACACAAAGAUGCUUCUUUGUGCCUCAAAGAAACUAAGACAGAGGAUGAGAAUACUGAAAGCUCUACAAUAUCUAAGACUCGUGGACAAGUGAAAACGCCAGCUGGAAAUACCUUAAACACGGGUCACUUAAAACAAGCUCCAAAUUUGGCUCAACCAUUGGUUAUGCCAAACCAGAGCAUCGUCCCAUCAGACAAGGACAACAUUUCACAUCAAGACAAGGGAGCUUUUGAACGUGAGUCUGGAAGGAACUUGGAUUGCCGACAACACAGUUCCUGUGCUUCCCUGAUGUAUCCAAAAGUAGCUUUGGUCAGGAUUCCGAGUUCUUUUUUGGAACCCUCUAAGAAGCUUCCAGAAGUGCCACCACGAGAGGAGAGUUUGACGGCACGACCGGUUCUCUGCUGUACGUUAAGCGAGCAGAACGUGUCUGGUGGUCCUCAAGUAGCCAUCAAACUGAUCCUAAAGAGAGACUUUCGUGAAGGUGAAGAGAAGCAGCAAGACUCACCGCCACGUAAAAAACAUAAAAAAGAAAAGAGAAAAGCCAAAAAACGUCGGUCGUCAUCUUCGGUUGAAAUGGGCCUUCCCCGUCAUAAAGAACUGAGGUUAACUCCUCAGAAAGAGGAUCAGCUUGUCAAGCUUCCUGGUCCGAACCAGCCGGUUGUGGUUCUGAACCAUCCGAACCCUUUAGUUCAGACAGUCAAUGUCGGCGUCCAAACGCUGAAGAACUAUAAAUGGAUACGCUCAGUGGAUCAUGAACCUGUGAGGAAACAGCCUUCCCUCAAGAUGAAACUCAAGAAAGUUCACGGAGGGAAGUAUCAGGUGAUCGAGUUAGUCCUCAAUGGAGUCUCGGACCAGCAUCUCUCGUGAAAACCAGCUACUGUCUCUUUGUGAUAUUUCAUGGUUAUAUCUGUCAGAUUUUUAGAAUGGUGCAAUUUUAGAGAAACCUGACCCCGUUUAAUGGUAAAUGAAUCUUCCUGGUUGUUGGACAUUGGUAUUUAUACACUGAUAAACAUUUCAUCAAAUAGUUUGCAAUUUCACUGACCAUAUUUGAGCUACACUAGUUAUACCUAGGAAUAAAUAUAACUUUUCCAACAUUCCUUACCUGUCCCACUUGACAGCUGCAAUGACAAACAUCUUCAUAUAGAUUCUUUUUCUUGGAACUGUAUAGCUUAACUGUGCCAAUAUGUAGAUGUUAUAAUCGAGAAGGUCAGAACUCUGAAACUAAGAGGUUUUAAACAACACUGAUGUCUGUUUUAGGAUGUUCUGUGUUCAUUUGUCAUGAUUGUACAGCUCAUUUCAAACACAAGUCACGUCUGGAUACGUCAUAUGUUUGGAGUUUCACAGAUGUUCAUUUCUUGCCGUUUUACUGUCAUUACAUGAACACGCAAGCAUCAGUGUUGAUGUGACUCUUUUCUGAUUCAUGGGUGAUGUUUGGCCAAAUCGGAAAAAACUCUGGCACACAUUGUCUGUCUUGGGUUGAGGCUUUGCCUUUUGUGAAAUCCAAACAUCUGACAUAAAUUUAAAGUGUUUUUGCAAACAUAUUUCUAAAAAUGUUUGCGUAUAUUGUCUCAGUAUUUCAGUACUCACUUGUCGUAGUUUGUACAUCAUACACAACGUUCCUUUUGUAAAAUGUACCCUCAUUAAUGUCUGGUGUUUAACAUCUUAAAACACUUUUUAAAUCUACCUCAAAUGAUCAAACUUGUAACUCUCCGUUUCCUUUUAUUACCGUUUAAGUUGUGUAAAGUUACAGCUUAAUUUGCAUUUUAGGGCAUCUGUCCGUUAUUAAAGUCAAACUGUUCAAGAAGAAA